AAAGCGAAAAAAAGAGCAGCUGUGAAAAGCAACAAGGCGCCGUCCUACUUCAGCAAAGCAUAUCUUGUGAGCUGUGUUGAUGGGGUUUGCUUGUCAGCAUGGCGCGCUUUCUGUAGGAUAGGACUAUUGCAUGAUUUAUAUUUGAAUUUGGGUUUUGUAUGACGCCGCUGGCAAUUGUUUUUGUCCGGAUCUCAACAGCUCACCCCUGCCAGUUACCCUGGGCGACUUGAGUUCACCCCGUCGAUCUGCUGCUGGAAAGAGAAUGUCAUCUCUCGGUCAAACACAAGGAAGCGCGGUUCAUGACUCAGCCGCUGAUGUUCAUAAUCAAGAGAACAUGCUUUCACGGCUACGCGGUGUGACCAAGAACAGGGUUGAAAAUCGGGAGAAUGUCAACCCUAAACCAGGCAACAGGACUGUUUUGGGCGCUCUUGGGAACAAUCAGCGCAGACAGCCCGUUCUGCGCGCCGCUAAACAGGUUUCAGGGCCCCAAAUAGUUGCCUGCAAGUCUGAAGAACAUGGCAGGAGCUUUGGCGAGAAACCCUCCUGCAAGCCACCUGCUUUCCAGAUUCAUGUGGAUGAACCUGAUGGUGCAUCUAAAAAACAUUCUACCCAGAAAGCAGCCAUGGAUUGCUCCCCACUCACACUAAAUCCCACUGUGACGCACUUAAGGCAGCCUCUUGCAACUAUUGAGCUGCCAAUGGAAGCCAGCUUUGCAGAUUCUCCUAUGGAUAUGUCUGUAGUUGAGGACGAGGAGAGGCAGACCAAUGUAAAUAAAGUCACCGAAUACUCUGUAGAAAUACACACACAUUUGCGGGAGAUGGAGCUGAAGUCAAAACCAAAGGGAGGCUACAUGAAAAAGCAGCCUGACAUCACAAACAGCAUGCGUGCCAUCCUGGUGGACUGGCUGGUGGAGGUGGGAGAGGAGUACAAGCUCCAGAAUGAGACACUCUACCUGGCCGUGAACUACAUUGAUCGCUUUUUGUCUUCAAUGUCGGUCCUGAGAGGAAAGCUACAGCUGGUUGGCACAGCUGCUAUGCUUUUGGCUUCGAAGUUUGAAGAGAUCUACCCCCCAGAGGUGGCAGAAUUUGUUUACAUCACUGAUGACACCUACACAAAGAAACAAGUGUUGAGGAUGGAGCAUCUGGUGCUGACAGUCCUGUCUUUUGAUCUUGCUGCACCAACAAUCAAUCAGUUCCUCACCCAGUAUUUCUUGCAACAGCCAGUGAGCAGCAAGGUGGAGAGCUUGUCAAUGUUUCUUGGUGAGCUGAGUUUAAUAGACUGCGACCCUUUCCUAAAGUACCUCCCGUCUCAGACUGCUGCUGCAGCCUUCAUUUUAGCCAACCACACACUUGCAGGUGGAUCAUGGUCUAAGGCACUUGUUGAGAUGACUGGCUACACAUUGAAGGAUCUAAUGCCAUGUGUUCAGGAUCUUCAUCAGACCUACCUCGGUGCUGCUCAGCACACACAGCAAUCUGUUAGGGAGAAGUACAAGGGCUCAAAGUACCAUGAAGUCUCUCUCAUUGAGCCUCCAGAGAAGCUGAUCUUGAACUAGCCCCCUACCAUCAACAUUUUAAUGGUUCCAAACGUUUUUUUUUUUUUUUUUUGUGACUUCACUUCAAUAACUGAAGCCGUAGCCUCUAUUUUGGGCAAAUGGUGAGAUUUGGUGAUCUGUGUAAAUUUGUAUUUGCGGUCCAUAAGGAUUGUGCCAUUUUACGUAUGAUACAACCAGAUGUUUGUACAUUUUUAGGUAAUCAAGCAUUGUUUUGAUAUUUCAAUGUUUGUAUUCUAUUUUUUAUGAAAUCCAGUGGUGCACUUUAUCCUCUUACACUGUUAAGGUGAUCCUCCCUUUUACAUCUUAAUAAAAGUGCUGCUGGCCUUUUAGCGAGUUAAAUGUCUGUUUUGUUACAGUAUCAAUUACAUUGAUUUAAUACUGGAGGUUCAAUUUAGAUGAAAGGGUCUUAAUUUGUUGGGUAUAUGAAAAUGCAGACUUUUAUUGCACAAGUUGUCACAUGACCAGAGCUUUUAAAGCCAGUCUGGAAGAUAUUGUCAAAGCAAUGAAAAAUCUGUUGUAGUCGGGUUCUCUUUUCUGAACAUGAGUUUCAAGCACUUUUCCCAUUCUUGCUUCUCAUGGUAUUAUGAAGACUUGCAUACAUAAAAUGUAAGAACAUUUUCAUUUAAAGCUGUUAUUCUGCCACCAAAUGGAAUUGUGAAAAUAAACCGAAACUGUUUUCUGAAUAGAUUCCCCCAUCUGCUGUUGGUCAAACAGAGAUGGUCUUGUCCCCAAUUCACUCCAUCAACCAAGUCAAUGCCAUUCUGUUUGUAUAGAAGGGUCGCUCAAAACAAACAGGAUUUACUUAGCCGUUUUUGAGAAUUAACCUACAUGUAUAGAAAGGCUAGCUAGGAGAAAGUAUUUAAGUUACAUACUUCAGCUUUAACUUAUAAGAUUUCUAUUUGACUUGUCAACUAUAUCUACUGCCUAUAUAUUGGAAGCUGAAGUUAUUUCAUGUUAACAUGAAUACAUGAAAUGAAAAGGCCACAGAUCUGAAAGACAUGGUUAUGGUAAAACUAUUUUUUCAGGCUGUUGGACAGCUGAAGUUAAUGGAAUUGAGUUCUAUAAUGCUGUUAGACCUCAGCUACAUCUCAUGAGUGCGAAGUAUGGUUACCAAAUGAGAUAUUUUUGGAAGGAAAAAAAAACAUGUAAUUAUUUUGAAAAGUAAUGCAAUUGUAUUUUGAACUGGGAUUAUUUAAACAUUAAAACCCAGUUUCAGAUCUCAAUUCUCAACAAAAAUACAUAAUUUGCAUUAAACCAGUAGCUCUAAUUAUAUAUAUAUUUUUAAAUCUAGUCCACCUGAGUGUAAUGUUUUAAUUCUUACUAUUCUUAUGCCAGAAUACAAUAUAUAUAUAACUAUUUUCUACAUACUCCAUCGCUAUUCAAAAUCAUUCCAUGGCUUGCGCUUUGGGAGGGCAGACUUUCCCAUAGACCUGGCCCUGCUUCUAAUUAAUGAAGAUAAUGUAAUAUAGGGGUUUUUGUUUUUAUAUUUUUUUUUUUUGGUCUCACUGAUGCUUAAAUGCCACACAAAUGUGAUAUGCUCAUUUUCAGGUAGUUUUACUUUUUCUCUGUUUUGGGUUGUAUUUGCAGGUUUAAAUAUGGCUCCAUUGUGUGUUUGAACUCAUUUUGUUUUCUAGUGACCAAAUAAUUUUGUCACUUUUACUAUGACUGUUUAUGACUUAUGUUUAUGGAGUGUCUGCAGCAAUUGCAAAACGUACCAAGAAUGUUAUGCCCACAAUACUUUCUAUAUCGUAUUAUAGGUGUUUAUAAUUCUAGUGAAUCAUUUUAUUUAUUUUUUUGUUCCAUUGUAUAUAUCUUAUAGUCUCAGUACUUAAAAAUGCUGACCAAUACAGUGGUGGACUGUUUAUGAAGUGAUUAUUUUAUAUAGUUCCAUGUAUGAGAUUUGUUUUAUGCAAAGCUCAUGAAUAUUCCUGCAUGUACCAAAA